CGGAAGUGGACGUGCACCCGCUUUCGGGCCCGGGCGCCAUUUCUAGCGGUUGCAGGUUCUCACGAGUUGUAGUCCGCUGGGACAAUGAGCUAUGAUUACCAUCAGAACUGGGGUCGCGAUGGCGGGCCUCGCAGCUCCGGCGGGGGCUACGGAGGAAGCUAUGGUGGGGGCCAUGGAGGAGGCCAUGGAGGGAACCGAGGCUCCGGAGGCGGCGGCGGAGGAGGUGGUCGAGGCGGCCGAGGCCGACAUCCCGGGCACCUGAAAGGCCGCGAAAUCGGCUUGUGGUAUGCGAAGAAACAGGGACAGAAGAACAAGGAAGCGGAGAGGCAGGAGAGAGCUGUAGUACACAUGGAUGAACGGCGGGAAGAGCAGAUUGUGCAGCUGCUGCAUUCAGUCCAAGCGAAGAAUGGUAAAGACUCAGAGGCCCAGAUCUCCUGGUUUGCUCCUGAAGAUCACGGGUAUGGUACUGAAACUCCUACUGAGAACAAACCCAACUCAGAGAAGAAACUUGAGAACCAGGAAAAGAAAUUGAUAAGUCAAGAAAAGAGAACAUUUAGAAUUAGGGACAAAUACAUUGACCGAGAUUCUGAAUAUCUCUUGCAAGAAAAUGAACCAGAUGUAACCUUAGACCAACAACUAUUGGAAGAUUUACAAAAGAAAAAGAGUGACCUUCGGUAUAUUGAAAUGCAGCAUUUCAGGGAAAAGCUGCCUUCAUAUGGAAUGCAAAAGGAAUUGGUAAAUAUGAUUGAUAACCAUCAAGUAACAGUAAUAAGUGGUGAAACUGGAUGUGGAAAAACUACUCAAGUUACUCAGUUCAUUUUGGAUAACUACAUUGAAAGAGGAAAAGGAUCUGCAUGCAGGAUAGUUUGUACUCAGCCAAGAAGAAUUAGUGCCAUUUCAGUUGCAGAGAGGGUGGCUGCAGAAAGGGCAGAAUCUUGUGGCAAUGGUAACAGUACUGGAUAUCAGAUUCGUCUCCAGAGUCGGUUGCCAAGGAAGCAGGGGUCUAUCUUAUACUGUACAACAGGAAUCAUCCUGCAGUGGCUCCAGUCAGACUCGCAUUUGUCCAGUGUUAGUCAUAUUGUGCUUGAUGAAAUCCAUGAGAGAAAUCUACAGUCAGAUGUUCUAAUGACGGUUAUUAAAGAUCUUCUCAGUUUUCGACCUGACCUGAAAGUAAUAUUGAUGAGUGCGACUUUAAAUGCUGAGAAAUUUUCAGAAUAUUUUGGUAACUGUCCAAUGAUACACAUACCUGGUUUUACUUUUCCGGUUGUGGAGUAUCUUUUGGAAGAUAUAAUUGAAAAAAUAAGAUAUGUUCCGGAACAAAAAGAACACAGGUCCCAGUUUAAGAGAGGUUUCAUGCAAGGGCAUGUAAAUAGACAAGAAAAAGAAGAAAAAGAAGCAAUCUAUAAAGAACGUUGGCCAGAUUAUGUAAGGGAACUGCGAAAAAGGUAUUCUGCAAGUACUGUAGAUGUUCUAGAAAUGAUGGAUGAUGAGAAAGUUGAUCUGAAUUUGAUUGCUGCCCUUAUCCGACACAUUGUUUUGGAAGAAGAGGAUGGUGCAAUAUUGGUCUUUCUACCAGGCUGGGACAAUAUCAGCACUUUACAUGAUCUCCUGAUGUCACAAGUGAUGUUUAAAUCAGACAGAUUUCUUAUCAUACCCCUGCAUUCACUAAUGCCUACAGUUAACCAGACACAGGUAUUUAAAAGAACCCCUCCUGGUGUUCGGAAAAUAGUAAUUGCUACCAAUAUUGCAGAGACUAGCAUUACCAUAGAUGAUGUAGUUUAUGUGAUAGAUGGAGGAAAAAUAAAAGAAACACACUUUGACACGCAGAACAACAUCAGUACAAUGUCUGCUGAGUGGGUUAGUCAAGCUAAUGCCAAACAAAGGAAAGGUCGAGCUGGAAGAGUUCAACCUGGUCAUUGCUAUCAUCUGUAUAAUGGUCUUAGAGCAAGCCUUCUGGAUGACUAUCAACUGCCAGAAAUUUUGAGAACUCCUUUGGAAGAACUUUGUUUACAAAUAAAGAUUUUAAGGCUAGGUGGAAUUGCUUAUUUUCUGAGUAGGUUGAUGGAUCCACCAUCAGAUGAAGCGGUGUCACUCUCCAUAAAACACCUGAUGGAACUGAAUGCUUUGGAUAAACAAGAAGAAUUGACACCCCUUGGAGUUCACUUAGCACGAUUACCAGUUGAGCCACACAUUGGGAAAAUGAUUCUUUUUGGAGCUCUGUUCUGUUGUUUAGAUCCAGUACUCACCAUUGCUGCUAGUCUCAGCUUCAAAGAUCCCUUUGUCAUUCCAUUGGGCAAAGAAAAGAUUGCAGAUGCAAGAAGAAAAGAAUUGGCAAAAGAUACUAAAAGUGACCACCUGACAGUUGUAAAUGCAUUUGAGGGCUGGGAAGAAGCUAGGCGACGUGGUUUCAGAUACGAAAAAGACUAUUGCUGGGAAUAUUUUUUGUCUUCAAACACAUUGCAGAUGCUGCAUAACAUGAAAGGACAGUUUGCUGAGCAUCUUCUUGGAGCUGGAUUUGUAAGCAGUAGAAAUCCUAAAGAUCCAAAAUCUAAUAUAAAUUCAGAUAAUGAGAAAAUAAUUAAAGCUGUCAUCUGUGCUGGUUUAUAUCCCAAAGUUGCUAAAAUCCGACUAAAUUUGGGUAAAAAAAGAAAAAUGGUGAAAGUUUACACAAAAACUGAUGGACUGGUUGCUAUUCAUCCUAAAUCUGUUAAUGUGGAGCAAACAGAAUUUCACUACAACUGGCUUAUCUAUCAUCUGAAGAUGAGAACAAGUAGUAUAUACUUAUAUGACUGCACAGAAGUUUCUCCAUACUGUCUCUUAUUCUUUGGAGGUGAUAUUUCCAUCCAGAAGGAUAACGAUCAGGAAACCAUUGCUGUAGAUGAGUGGAUUGUCUUUCAGUCUCCAGCAAGAAUUGCUCAUCUUGUUAAGGAAUUAAGAAAGGAGCUAGAUAUCCUUCUGCAAGAGAAGAUCGAAAGUCCCCAUCCUGUAGAUUGGAAGGACACUAAAUCCAGAGACUGUGCUGUACUGUCAGCUAUCAUAGACUUGAUCAAAACACAGGAAAAAGCAAGUCCCAGGAACUUUCCGCCACGAUCCCUGGAUGGAUAUCACAGCUGACAACUUUCCUGUGGUGGUCUGAAAAUUUGACAGCCAUUUUCCGUCAUAGUUUAAUUUUUGGCUAGAUGCCAAACCAUGGGACAUGACUAUUUCCAUAUGUAAGGUAGAAACCUUUAGUAGGUAGUAAAGACGUAAUGUGCAUGAUUUAACAAUGUUAUCUGUAGCUAUUAUAAAUAUGUCAUAAAAAGCAAUAUGUUCUCUGAUCAUAUAUUCUGUCGUGGUCAUGUCCACACUUUGGGAGGACUGUUCUUAUAUAUAUUGAGUGUUGUACCACUUGAGAAAUUCCUUUGUUCUGUUAUGAGAAGUUAAUCUUUCUGCUCAUAGUGACUGAGUAUGGAAACGAGUAAAAAGAGAAUGAUUAGGCAAAAAGUGUCAAGAAUUUGAACACAACCACAUUUUUAAAUGAAACUUGUCUCUGAAGUAAAUUAAUUUGUUGUAAUAAAGCCCAGUAUUUAAUAAAAUGUACAGUGUAUAAAUCUCA